CGCAGGAGAGAAAGAGUCUCAUUUGCAUUGCUCCAUCUAUUGGCAUAUCUGGCUAUCUAGGUGAUCUAUUCGGGCGGCACGAUGGCGGGAGAAGUUCGGCAGCCCAUCGACCAGGCGUCGUUUGAGCGCUACAUCGACGCCCAGGUCCCGUCUAUCAGGACGCCAUUGACCAUCAAGCAGGUAAAAUUGUUCUUUCUCUCAGCUUGCUAUCUGUAUAUAUAGAGUGCAACUAACGGCAGGUAGUUUGGAUUCGGGCAGAGCAACCCAACGUACCAGCUCAUCUCCGCCGACGGGGCAAAGUAUGUCCUCCGCAAGAAGCCACCGGGCAAGCUGCUGUCCAAGACGGCGCACCGAGUCGAGCGCGAGUACCAGAUCAUCCAUGCGCUGGAGAAGACCGACGUGCCCGUGCCGCGGACCAUAUGCCUGUGCGAGGACGAGAGCGUGAUCGGCACGGCGUUUUAUAUCAUGGAGUUUCUGGAUGGGAGGAUCUUUGUCGACCCUGCCAUGCCGGGCGUGACCCCAGACGAAAGACGAGAGCUAUGGAAAGCGGCGGUGCAGACACUGGCUCGCUUCCACCGGGUCGACCCCCGGAGCGUGGGCCUGGACAAGUUCGGGCGGUCAGGCAGCUUCUACGACCGGCAGCUGGCGACGUUCCAGAUGAUCCACGCAGCGCAGGCGAGCACGCGGGACAUCGAGACAGGGCGACCGGUGAACGAGCUGCCGCACUUUGACGAGCUGGUAGCCUUUUUCACGACGAAGAGCAGCCAGCCUCUGGACCGGUCGAGCCUGAUCCACGGGGACUACAAGAUCGACAACAUGGUCUUCCACCGCACGGAGAGCCGGGUGAUAGGGGUGCUGGACUGGGAGAUGGCGACCAUCGGGCAUCCGCUUUCAGACCUGUGCAAUCUUACGGGCCCCUAUGCCAACGUCGAGGGCGGCCCGGCGGAGACGAGGUUCAGGAGCGAGGGGAUCGAAGGGCUGCCGACGCGAGACGAGUGUGUGAGGUGGUAUGGGGAAGUGAGCGGGUGGGCAGUCAGCGGGCGAGAGCUGGGCUGGGAGAUGCUUUCACGCCUGCGGGGCUCGAUUAUCAUGCAAGGGAUAGCAGCGAGGUAUGCGCUGAGACAGGCAAGCAGUGCGAGGGCGAGGGAGUAUGCCAGUCUGAUGAGCCCUUUGCCCGCAAGGCCUGGGAGAAGGUCUUGCAACUGAGGGAUGCCAC